AUGGGUGUUGAGGGCGACAAAGUCGAGUACAAGCCUAUUGGCGGUGCCGCCGACAACGUCGCGCACUCUACCGGCGUGAUUGAGCAGAUUGUCGACGAGGGCGGGGAGAAAAAAUACUCCAUCCGGAACGACAACACAGGCAAGGUUACCACCUACCAGGAGAUGAAUCUCGUCGGCAAGGUCUGA